UCCCCUUGUAUAGAAACGCUUCAUACAGUAACGCUAUUUUAAUUUUAUCAUUUUGGGGGACACUUUUUGUAUCAGAGAUAGUUCUCCUUACCUCUACACUCCAUAGAAAGACACCUAAUAAUCUGCACUAAUCAGACGCAUGCCUAUUAGAAUAAAAUGUGAAACUAGCUUAAACUAAAAAAAAAUUGGACAGUUUUUUGAAUCCAAGGAAUCUGAAAUGUCAUUUUAAUGAAAUAAGUACCUAAUUUUCGAUGUUUUUGAUGGAUAAUUGAAAUUCAAUAAAUCGUAGUAUAUGGAAAAUAGUCGAAAAUAAGGAGGACCUUCUCGUAAUUUCUUCAAAAAUUGAUAAAUUGAUAGUGCCAAAUUAAUUUAAAGAAACUUUAAAAAUGAGAGCUGUAAAGUUUCAUAAUGGAAUUCCAGUAAUUUCCAGAAGGGGUCGAAAACCAAGAAAUACACCCAAUGUGUCCACGUGUAUGUUACCUAAAAUUAACCAAUUGAAGAAAGUUAAAAGCAAAAUUUUACCUCCGAAUGCGGAUAUAGAAAACACUCUUCUAUCUAAAAUGUCCCCAAAUCCUAGAAAGGAAAAGAAAACUACUAAAAAUAUAAAUAAAAAACCAAAUAAAAAUGAUACAGUUAUUAAGAAUUCAUUAACUAAAAAUGAUGCAGCUAUUAAGAAUAUACCAAAUAAAAAUGAUGCAGCUGUUAAGAAUUUACAAACUAAAAAUUAUACAGGUAUUAAGAACUCACCAACUAUAGGUGAUACAGCUAUUAAAAAUCGUCCGACUAAAAAUGAUGAAUCUAUUAGGAAUUCACCAACUAAAAGUGACGCAGCUCUUAAGAAUUCACCAAGUAAAAAUGACACAACUAGUCAGAAUUCGCCUACUAAAAACGAUGCAUCUAUUAAGAAUUCACCAACUAAACGUGAUGCAUCUAUUAAGAAUUCACCAACCAUAAAUGAUGCAGCUAUCAAGAAACACGAAACAAUUAAGAAUGUAUCGCUUAAAAACGACACAAAUAUUAAGAAUUCAUUAAAUAAAAAUAAUACAGUUAUUAAGAAUGCAGUUAACCAAGGAAAAGAUCACACUGCUAAUCCUGAUGAUUUGAAAACUAAUUUAAACGAACAAGUAGAAUCUGUUAAAGAUCCUUUUACUAAUCACAGACAUGGAAUUACAGUUAUAUUAAAAGAAAAUGGUUCGACUGAAGUUCAACCUCUCAGUCCUGAAACUAAAAAAAGCGUUGAAAAAGCAGCAAAUAAAAAUUCUUGUAAAAAUGAUGUACGUCCCAAAAAUCUAGGUAAACCCGGUAAUCAAGAAAAACUAAAUAAAACCAAAAGCCUUUGUGUACGCAUUGAUAAUCCCGAUAAUUUAAAAAAAGAAACAAGCGAGCAGUCAAAUAAAAAACCGAAAAACGUAUUUACAGAUUUAGUAAAAAAGAAGAAAAGCUUAACUGGAAUACAAUGCUGCGAACCGAAGCCCGACAAAAAAAUCAUCAUUUGUACAAAGACGAAUUAUCAGAAGCUUCACCAAAAACAGCAAAUAUCUAAAAUAAAGAAAAAAAUUCGACGCAUGAAUUUUCAAGCUCUAUGUAUGGUUGAAGAAAUAAACAAAAAACUGAUGGUGGAUAACAAGAAAAUGAUUCGAAAUAAACUCGAAAAUUUUAAUGAAGAAAUCAGAAAAAUGAAUUUGAAAAAUUCGUCAAAAAAAGCACGACCGGCUUUACCGUUUCAUUGUGUUCUGCGAGAGAAAAUUGUUAGAAUAGAUAACGAAAUUAGACAAUUACAAAAGGAAUCUCAUCCCAAAUGUCGCAAAUUCAAAGCAAUACCAAAAACUCAUUUACAAACAUAUGCGUUUUAAUAUUAUAAUGUGUCAGAAGUAGAUUGUUAUGUAAUGUCUUUCUUUUACCGCUAGUAGAAACCUCAGCGGGAUAAUAAGUAAAUUAUAAAACCAAACAUUUUUCAUUCUUGUUAUAGGUAGGUACCGUACAGUAAAUGAUAAUAUAGUGUGACGUCAAAACAAAGUUGGUAACAUGUAAGUUCAAUACCAAGUCAUAGAUUACUGUCUUUACUAGCACGAUAUACCCACCUAGCAUAAUCAUGAUAAUUUAAAAAGAAAUUAGCUUUCGUCACAGCUAGGAUAGAUAAAGGGAGCAUAUGAGAAAGAGAGAGACAGAUGUUACGUAUUCAAUGUUAUGCACUGUGGAGAAAGCGGACAGAAU